AUGGAGAGUACUAUAGAGCCUUCUAAAGUGCGAACACUAGUUGUUCCAAUUGGAAAAUGGAAAAGAAAUGCGUUCUUAGAAGCAGUAAAAGAAUUGGAGGCACACAAUGAAAUACGGCUUGUUGAUGUCACGCCUGUAUCUGACUGCACAUUCAAUCCUCAGCUUUUCCCACAUGGUAGAGUUAUCUAUCUGUUCAUGACAAGAGAGUACGAUAGUAAUGCCAUGAUGUUUUUGCAUGAUUUUGAACCCUAUAGGAAAUUAUUUGUUGUUAUAGGGCUUUGUAAUGACGAAUCGAUGGAUGGUGAAGCAUGUAUAAAUGAAUUGAAAGAUCUUUAUGGGAGUGCAAUCACUUAUGGUUUGAUUUUCGUCAAAAAACCGGUUCCAAAGGUAGAUCUUCCAUCCAAAAAUAGCAUCUUUUCUACAUUGGACGAACCUUUGGAAACUAUUUUAUGUGAUAUCACGAGGAAUUUUUUGGAGGCAUUAGAUACAUAUUACAGCUCUUACAAGCAUGUAACCUUGAGAUCACCAGGGGCUAUUGGUGGACCAUCAGUACUAAAGACUACAUUAACUAAAAAUCAAUUUCAAUCGGGGACCAUCGUAUCGCCAAAAAAAGUCCUUUCCCAAAGCACAAUAAAGGAUGAUUCGUCAUCAUCAAGUCUUUCGCUUUCGGAAGAAAUACCAAAAGAUAAACCAAAGAGAUACUCGUCUCUUAAUGCACUCUCGAGUGUUGGUACAGAUAAAUCUAUGCAACGGUCAAAAGCUAGACAAUUGAAAUUACUGGCAAACCUUCAGUUACUAGCAGGGCAGUACCAGAGUAGUAUGAUAAACUUCGCCGAAGCAGCUCGCACCCUUCAUAAAGUUCAUGAUUACAUUUGGCUUGGAAAUGCAUUGGAGGGUAUUGUAACGUGUAUGAUCCUUCUUUCUUACCUUCAAAUUCCUUUUCAGAUACCACAAGUGGUACAAACAAUGUGUGCUGUGUCUCAGAACAAUUUAAAUUCUUGGUCGCAAGUGCCUACAUCCUCUAAAAGAGAUUCUAUGCAAUCCAUAGCUUCCCCAAGAAGCUCAAUGAGUACUACUUCAAUGACCCUUUUGGAUUCUUCGGCAGUAGAUAUUCCCAAGCUAAUCAAAGCAAUUGCAGAUAAGGCACUAUAUUAUUAUGACCACUCACUAUCUUACUCCGUUGAAUUUACCCCACAGGUUGUGUACUGCAAAAGUAUUCUUCGAACGUUAACUUUCAUGUCAUUGUGUUAUAAGGCAAAAGGAUUCAACCAUCAGAUCUUGAAAGAAAUGGUCUUUUCUAAUAUACAAAGCUCUCAGUUGAGUACAAUUUCUGAACCAGAAACAAUUUUCACAAAAUCAGAAAUAUAUCAUUAUUCUAUCAAAAUCUUUGAACUUCAACUCAAAGCAAUGGAUCUCCCUUCUCAAAUACAGGUUUAUUUGACUUUAUGUACAGUUUAUGAAAACUUGGGAAUGUACAGGAAAAAGGCAUUCGUGUUAAGGAUCUUAUUUAUAUCCAUUAUCUCACAAAUAUCAAAUGAUUACGUCACCGAGAACUACCAAGUUUUAAUUGAUGACUUGCUUACCACCUACAAAAUCUCAAAUUAUGAACCUGAACAAAAUUUCCAGGAUGCUUCUAGUUACAACUGGGUUACUCUUCAAAAAAAUACUCUAAUGUUAAUCAUCAAGAUAUAUCAACACUUCAAGAACUACAAAAAGGUUGUUGAAUAUUCUCAAAUAUUAUUGAAAAGAUUAUCGCAUACAUUAACAAAGCUUGAACAAACAGAUCUCCUAAAUCAAAAUAUCUUGUCCCAUCAAAAGGAUUACCCCGUGGAGUAUAUGGAUCCAUUCCUAGUUCGUGACGUUUCUUUUACUAGAACUCAUACAGAGGAAAUGCCAAUGCUCAAAGUGAUAACAUCAAGCUCGGCUAAAAGAAUCGUCAAUAACCAAGAUACACAUCAGAUCUUCAAUCCAUUUGCAGCGGCUCAUCAUAAAACGAAAGAAAAUGAAACAGAGGACUCCAAUUAUUUCUUAGUUGCAGAAACUGUUCAAAUGAAUGUAACUUUGCAAAAUCCGUUCAAAUUUGAUGUAAAGGUAAAUUGCAUAGAUUUUACUUCAGCGGAUAAAGAGUACAUGAGAGUAGUUUGUCCGGAGUUAACUUCAUUCGUAAUACCUGCAUCCUCUAAAAAACAGUUUUGUAUUGGUGUUUCUUUUAAAAAACCAACUAAUGCUGUGUAUGAACUCAAAGAAUUAGCAAUAUCGGUUUUUGAUUUCCCUAUCAAAUGUUGGAGGAUUUGUAAAGACCCCAAUAAUGAUAGUGAUAGUAAAGAAAGGUUUCUUCCCUAUUCUGUGCCGAUAACGGUUAUUGACCAACAGCCCAAUCUCUCAUUUUUAUCCACUAGUCUGGUUAAUAAUAGGCUAAUGCUCCUAGAUGGCACAAAAGCUAGGUUUAAGCUAUUCUUAAGAAACUCUUCGCUCUCAAGUCCUAUUAACUAUUGCAGCAUCAGUUGGAUAACAAAUGUUGAAGCUGAAUUAAAAGAUAACUAUUGGAGCAAGUUGAUGCCUGAUGACAUUCAUGAUAUUGAAUAUCAAAUGGAUUGGUUAAAGAAACAUUUCAUUACCAUAUCUUCUAUGCCCGAAAUCAUUGGUAUAAACGAAUCUUUCCACUUAGAUGUUGAUUUAAAUGCCGAAAAGACUCCUUUUUCAUUAAAGUGGGUACGCAUAACUAUCCAAUAUGGUUACAAGAAAUCUUCGGAAGAUUCCUCUGUAUAUGUGAAGACGCUAACCAUCCCAAUUGAAAUCACGUUACAAAGAGUCUUAGAGGUUUCUAAUGUUAGCUUUAUACCGCUCGCUGAAUCAUUCUCUGAGCCAUCAAAUAUUCCAUGGAUAGCACAUUUGCAGAAAAAGGAUCUAGAAAUAACUGUAUCGGAUUACGUUUUAAUGCUUAUUGAUAUGCGAAACUCAUGGCUGCAUCCAGUAUCAUUUGAAUUUGAAUUCGAUGAAUAUAAAUCAGGCGAUAACACCCUUGAGUCGAAUGAAACGAAACGAUUUGUCUUACCGAUAAGAAAGAUUAGUAAAAGGGUAGAAGAUAAGCAGGCCUCAAAAAUACCACUCAAACAGAAGCCAAUACCUCGAAUUGAUGAAUCAAAACAAUAUAUUAGUUCAGGCCUUAACUUUUCUCAAGAGCAGGAAAUGAGAGAGAAGUUUUGGUGUAGAGAAUAUAUCUUAGAGCAUCUGAAAUGUAAAUGGCAUGAGCAAAGACUCAAUGGAGAUUCAGGAAUGGUAGACUUUAGACAAUUCUUGGAAAAAUUUGAAAAGCAGUUUAUUAAACUACUCUAUCCACCAUCUGGAAUGUUUGAAAUCAGAGUUACGACCAAACAAGCAAAAGUUGAAACAGGGACACAUAUAGUCUUGGAAAUAACCGUCAACAACACAUUAAGAAAUCCUGAUAUUAUUCCUAUCAGGUACUACAUAUUGGAUUAUUUUACUGGAAAGGCUGUACCCAAUGAUGCUCAUAAACCUAUUUUAUUCCAUGGACAAAAUUCAAUAAUGGUAAGACCACAAGUUACGACACAAUUGAAUCUCUUGCCCAUUAAAAGAGGCAAAUAUCAAAUAGAGUUUGAAGUUCCAGGAAAUGUUAUCACAAGAGAACCAGUCAUAAUUACCGUAGUUUAA